CGUGCGCAUUUCCGAUCACAGCUGGCGUGGGACGGGAACCGACUCCCAGGGGAGAGGGGAAGCUACAUGGAGAGUCGAGGGAGGAGGAGAUGGGGAGCCCUCUGCGCGAUGCUGCUGGCCUGUCUCUGGCUGACCGCAGGGGAGCGGGUUGCAGGCGAGGGCAGAGUGCGGAUAAUGUUCACCACGGUCUCAGCCAACAAGAAAACUACAGUCAUCAUUGGCACAGAGGACCAGAUCCUUGCUUAUAACAACGACACCAGCCUGUUGCCUCUGUUCCCCACUAACGCCUCAGAGAAGACAUGGCCCGUCUCAGCAGAGGUCAGGCAAGCCUAUGACGAGUUCAACAUCAACGUCAACAGCGUCAUUCUCGACCUGAUGGCCGUCCGUCUCCCAGGCACACGCAUCGAUAUCCCGACGGUGCGACUGUACCCAGAGGAAUCUGGCGUCUCCGGUCGCAGGGUCAUCCUGAACUGCCUGGUGUCUGACCUGUUCCCACCAGCGGCAGAGAUUUCCUUCCGGAAGAACGGCCAGCCCCUGGAGAUGAUGGAUAAACCCGCACUGUUCACCUUUGACAGCAGCUGGGGAUACACUGUCCUGUACCAUAUCGAGACAGAGCCCACUGUCACAGACAGAUACUCGUGUGUUGUACAACUUGGGAACAAACAGCAGAUCCAGGAAUACUGGGCGCUGGAUGAGAGGACCAGCCUGGAUUGGGUACAGGUUACCAUCUGCGCCCUGGGCUUCACCAUUGGACUCCUGGGAUUGAGCACCGGCCUCGGGCUGAUCGUCUACAAGAGGGUGAUCCAGGUGGUAUUGACGGAUCGGAGGACAGUCAGUGGGGAUGAGCCCCCAGCAACAGGGACAGCGCUGGACAGGAACGGGGAGAGGACGGAGCAGAGCUGACCAGGCUGGACUCACCUCAGCCCCACUGGGAACGGAGAUCACUCUCUGUCUGUGUCUCUCUCACACUCACUCACACACACACACACACACUCACGCAGACACACUCACACACUCUCACACUCACACUGACACUCACACACACUCACUCACACACUCGCAGACACACACUCACACACUCUCUCACACUGACACUCUCUCACACUGACACUCUCUCACACUGACACUCACACAGACACACUCACACAGACACACUCACACAGACACACUCACACACUCACACUGACACUCACACACUCACGCAGACACACUCACACAGACACACACACACUCACGCAGACACACACACACUCACGCAGACACACACACUCACGCAGACACACACACACUCACACUGACACACACACACUCACACUGACACUAACACAUACACACACACACUCACGCAGACACACACACACUCACACUGACACUAACACAUACACACACACACUCACGCAGACACACUCACACAGACACACUCCACACAGACACUCCACACAGACACUCCACACAGACACUCCACACAGACACUCCACACAGACACUCACGCAGACACACUCACACAUACACUCACACACACACACAGACUCUCACUCUGUAAGAGCUAACUUGUGAGAGUACCUCAGAGCUAUAAGCCAUUCCCUCUCUUCCGUCUCUCCCCCACCUCUCCCCCUCUCCCCCUCUCCCACCCCCCUCCCAGCCAUUAUGCCCGCGGUU